AUGAAACUCGUGGUUUUCUCACCGUUAACGAAUCCAUCAAUAUUGGAUGAUCCUUUACAAACUUUAGAAUAUAAAGAAAUAAAAAUUUUCACCGGAAAUUUAACGAGGGAAAAAAUAAGAAUAUUAAAUUCGAAAAAAUUUUUUAUUUUAUUCAAUGGAAAAUCAUCUAAAAUUACACCGAGAUUACGUCUCGAAUAUCAAAGAUGCGGUAAUUCAUACGAAAUAAAUAAUCCGUCGACGGAAAAACCCGUUAAAAAAGAAACGGUUUAUCAAAUAUAUUUAAAAGGGAAAAAUUUAAAUGAUUAUUCGAACGAUACGUUCGCGUUAAAAGUCAAAGAAGGUAUUAAAGAAACGGCAAAAAAUUAUUGCAUUAAAAAUAAUAUUAAAUUUAACGGUAGCAUACCCGUGUACGAAAAUAUCCUCGAAAAAAAAAAGAAAUUUUAUUUUUUCCAUAGAAAUGAAUCCGUUAACUUUCAUCACGUAUCUUUAUGCCCUUUCGAAUGGCCUGAUCAAGAUAUUUGCGCUUUCAUCGAACAUUCCGUUUAUGUAUCAGGUGAAAAAGAUGUUAAGGAGGUUGCAGAUGCUGAAUAUGAAUUAACAUCGGAACAUUUAGAAGAUAUGUGGAAAAAUUGGAAAUUUCCAGAACUUGAAGAAUUAGGGAUUACGGUUGUUGCAUUUAUAUACGUUUUUAAAUUACCAGAAUUAUCUGAAGUUAUUUUAUGGUGGGCUGUUAUCAUAGGAGUUGCCGUUGGUUUAUCAUUAAUCGCUUUGUUUUUAUUUUGGAAAAUAGAAAAAGGAAUUAGUGAAUUGUUUUUGCUUACUUUUAGGAAAUUAAGCGUGAAAGCUGUCUUACCUAAAAUUGUCAAAACAAAAAAUAAAUCAAAGACGAAAGUAUCGAAACGACAAAAAGUUCCUUCGUUUAUGUUAACCGCAGGAACGGGAUCGGAAAAAAAUUUCAAAUCCGAAGAAUUUACGUUAAAAUUUUGCAACAUUGAUAAUUUACUUAAUAAUAAAUCGGAUGUUAAUCAAGUUUCAUCAGAAUCUCCGAUAAAAAUUUUUUUUUGCAUACAUAUUGGAGGAUUUUUUUUCGGUACGAAUAAAGCUUUCGAAGAUGAUGAUGAUGAUGAUAUACAAGAAACAACAGUUAAUUAG